GCUGGCGGCCGGAGGAGCGGAGCACCUGCUCCGAGCUCGGCAGUGGCUCUCCAGACGCACACGAACACCUUCUGGCCUUGUGGAUUUGGAUGACUAAUGGUCUUCUUUAGGAGUUUAUAUGUUCUUGGUUCAUUUCCUCUUCUGAAUUCAGCUGAAAGAGCAAAGCACCUGUGACUCAGAGAGAGGGGGUGGUUGUGUCUCUCCUGAGCCCCUCUUACAAAUACUGUCAAUGCACUUGCCCUCAGCUGGGCUCUCCUGAAAAAGGCAUGGAUAAGAACACAGAUGAGGAGCAGCCUUCAACUUCCUGUAACCAGUACCCCAAGGAAGCAGUGAGGAGACGGCAGAACUCGGGUCGAGGUUCCGGGGGCAGUGAUCUUUCCAGGACCUUCAGGAAAAGCUUCAGGCUGGACUACAGAUUAGAAGAGGAUGUCACUAAAUCAAAGAGGGGCAAAGAUGGGAGAUUUGUCAACCCAUGGCCAACAUGGAAAUCACCAACCUUACCCAACAUUUUGAAAUGGUCCUUCAUGGAAAAAAAUAACAGCAAUGUGCCACGCUCAAAGCAGGAACUCGACAAAGAACUGCCAGUGUUACAGCCUUACUUUGUUGGAGCCCCAGAAGAUGCUGGGCAGACAGGAUCCGGAAUGCGGGUCACGUGGCUGGGACACGCCACCGUUCUGGUGGAAAUGGACGAACUCGUGUUUCUCACUGACCCCAUCUUCAGCCAGAGAGCUUCCCCCAUCCAGCUCCUGGGCCCCAAGCGCUUCCGAGGCCCUCCGUGCACGGUGGCGCAGCUGCCCAGGAUAGACGCGGUGCUGAUCAGCCACACCCACUACGAUCACCUGGACUACAACAGCGUGGCCAGCCUCAACGAGCGCUUCGGGAGCGAGCUGCGCUGGUUCGUGCCGCUGGGGCUCCUGCCCUGGAUGCAGAGGUGUGGCUGCGAGAAUGUCAUCGAACUGGAUUGGUGGGAGGAGAACUGUGUCCCCGGUCACGAUGCGGUCACUUUUGUCUUCACUCCUUCCCAGCAUUGGUGCAAAAGGACUGUGACAGAUGAUAACAAGGUUCUCUGGGGCAGCUGGUCUGUCUUGGGACCUUGGAACAGGUUUUUCUUCGCAGGAGAUACUGGAUAUUGUUUUGCUUUUGAACAAAUAGGUAAAAGGUUUGGACCUUUUGAUCUUGCAGCCAUUCCCAUUGGAGCUUAUGAGCCAAGGUGGUUUAUGAAAUACCAGCAUGUGGAUCCUGAAGAAGCAGUAAGAAUCCAUAUUGAUGUUCAAGCAAAGAAGUCUGUAGCAAUUCAUUGGGGGACCUUUGCUUUAGCAAAUGAGUAUUACUUGGAUCCUCCAGUUAAAUUGAAUGAAGCUCUUGAAAGAUACGGCUUGAAAAAAGAUGACUUCUUUAUCUUACGCCAUGGAGAGUCACGGAAUUUGAAUACAAAUGACCGGUUUGAAAACUGAAACAGUGUCAGUCCUUGUAAGCCCUGUUUGAUUUGAACUAAUGGAACAAUACUAACAGAAUGUACACAAUAGUUUUUUGAGAUUGAAUUGGAUUUUUAAAUGCCAGGUUUCUCAGUUUCAGAACUAAAGCUUGCAUACCAAUUUCAUGACAAACUUUAUUAGUUAUUUGUUUAUAAAUUUAGAGAGAUGAUCCAAAAGUGAUUUAUAUAUUAAGUGUUGUCUGGGAAUAACUUGCUCUGAUGUACACCACUGAUAAAAAAUUUAUUUUUAAACUCUUCAUUUCACCUGCUGCAGCAAUAAUAACUUCAGCACAGAACAUAUUCUUAGGAUUAAUGGCUGACUUGAAUUAUUCAUUGUUAGACUGUCCUCUCCCACUUGUUAGUCUUCAGGUUAUGCCCUGUACCUUGAUGUACAAGCUUCAUACAGCUUCACUGUAUGUUUUGUGGGGUGAAGUCUUCCAAUACAGCUGUGUUGUUUAAGCACAAGCAUGGUAAAAUUGUUUCACUCUUCAUUUUCAUGUAUUAAUGAACCACAAAAGCUGAAUUUUACAUCAAAGAAAUGUGCCUUUUAAAGAAAGAGAUAAUUUAAUAUUGCAUCACGGAUGUGUAAAACUAACUGCUGGCCAGAAUACCUGCACACUUUUAUUGUUUUGUCUAUGUUUUUAUGUUAGGUCUGAAUGUGUCAUUUGCAGCACAUGAAGUGGGAAAACCUCUUGAUGUCGCUUGUCCUUGCAUUAACUCAGCCUUUUUCUAAGUACCUUUUUUUUUUCUCCCCAGUAGAAAAUCUUAAGCAAGGGCUGUGGUAUUUUUUCUAAUAGCUUCCCUAUAAUUUUAAAGUUGAAUGAGAUUACAACAUUGUUCAGUGUUAUAAAACUUGGCCAAAUGUGUCUGUAUCAAAUUGUCUUGCUCAUUUACAGAAUUAAAGCCUAUUGUUGCCAAUAAAAAGGGUUGUUAUUCUCCUUCAUAA